AUGGAGCCACUGCCAGAGCUCUACGCGAUCUUCCAGGGAGAGGUUGCUGCAGUGACAGAUUUUGGGGCCUUUAUCAAGAUCCCAGGCUGCAGGAAACAAGGCCUGGUCCACAGGACUCACAUGUCCUCCUGCCGUGUGGAUAAACCCUCAGAGAUUGUGGAUGUUGGGGACAAGGUCUGGGUGAAACUUAUAGGAAAAGAGAUGAAAGAUGACAAACUGAAGCUUUCCCUCUCCAUGAAGGUUGUUAACCAAGGCACAGGCAAAGACCUUGAUCCCAACAACGUUUCCCUUGACCAGGAUGAGAGGAGGAAACGCACCUUCAGGGACUACACGAGUCAGAAGAUCACCCUUGAGGCUGUCUUGAACACUAUGUGCAAGAAAUGUGGCUGCAAAGGUCAUUUUGCCAAGGAAUGUUUCAUGCAGCCUGGAGGUACCAAAUAUAGCCUCAUUCCAGAGGAGGAGGAAGAGGAGGUGGCAGCAGCAGGACAUGGAGGAGAUAAAAAGUCCAACCUGGCUGAGGAGUCUUCAAAAAAGAGGAAGAAGGAGAAGAAGAAGAAAAAGAAGCACAAGGCUAAGGAAUCCUCCGAGUCAGACUCAGACAGCUCAGACUCGGACAGUGAUGGAGCUCAGCCCUCCAGCAAGAGGCACAAGCACUCAGGGAAGCCCAGCAAGGCUUCCAAGAAGAAGAAAAAGAAGAAGCACAGGAAGUAG